UUAAAGAAGUUCAGUAGUAGUAGUCGUCAUCGAAUAGAGCCAGCUUCGACGAGGUGAGUGUCAACAAGCGGAGAGCACAAACAACAUCGUGAAGCAUUGCUGUCAUCUUGCCGUUUUCGCAUUAGAGCCAAAGCCCCCUGAACAUGCUACCGUGCGAAGAAGGCUAAAUAAAAAUUUGGCAAAAGAGACAGGGCAUUGUGACCGCCGCCGUUGAUAUGGAUUCCACUUCGCUCCAGACCUUGAGCGAGGAGUACGAGCGGCCUUCAAAGACGCCCAGCGAUCAGUCCGUUCACCGCGUAAAUCACGUCGUUCGACAGAUGCCCUUCUCGAGCGAUGGGAGGAUUUACGCGAUGGUAGCACCAGAAAGACCACCGAGGGCCUUGCAAAGAGCCUCGAUUGUCCUACCUCUAUCACCCAGCUUCAACAAAAGAGCUUGUUCAGAUUUCCCGGCUCAAAGAAGCACAGAGGGAGUUAGAUUACCCAAGUCGACGUCGGCUUUACCCGUCUCGAGCGAGGAAGGUUCGAGAAGGGUAUCUCGAAGCGGUGAAGACUACAUGUCCGACGAGGAGGGUGUGGAAUGGGAGAUGCUUACUGGGGAAUGUAGCGCACUCAGCCAGAACAAGGUGCUCUCGCCUGGCACGGUAUCCUCCUCGGAAAUGACUUGGCAGUCCAUCGAGCAAUGGCGGCGUGGCACUACGGAGGAGCCUUUCGGAUUAAGAUCCGACAGAAAAAGUCUGUCAGAAGACAGGUCCUUCGGCUGUUCCGUCCCAUCAUAUAGCAAGCCAGGACAGCCACGAAGACUUACAGUUUCAGGUCAUUAUCCUGACAUCGACUCGUCAAAAGUGUCCCAAACAUUACAGAAGGAUCAGUGCUCCGACACCGCCGCUGACCGUUUCCAUGGAUUAUGUCACAGCAAAUUAUUGAGUUCUGCGACGCCUUCUACAACCGCCGGGUCCGACGCUGUAUCAGACUGCUUUGAAAGCGCAAUAGAAGGCGAAGACAAUACUUGGCAGCGUUCGAACGAGAACCAAGGCGAACACUGGCUUGAAUCGGCUAGAACAGACCGGCGGAAGCACGAAGAUCCAGGUAGCGACGAUGUCUCCAAGGGGAAAUCACUGCACGUUGAUGCACCGAGCUUGAAUGCACCUCACUCUGACCGCCGCCUUGAUCCUGUCGGUGUUCAGGAUGGAUUUUCUGAGAGAAUGACGUCCGUCGGGCUCGAUGUCGUUGCAACUGCUGAAGAUUCCUUCACCACAAGCUUGAGACACGUUGUCAAAAGCGAGAGGAUCCGUUCCGAACUUGCGUUCGAUGCCCUUGGGACUGAACAAGACAGACCAUUGAUCAAAUCUUGGUUCGAUCCUUCCAUCAACAAGUUACAAUCUUCGGAUCCCGCAACGAUUGGCGGCAAUAAAGCCAGACAGAGGUUGAAGGACCGUAGGCGACGACCUCGGUCAUUCUCGUUCCAAGAUGAAAGACUUUUCUUAGAAGAAACGGGAAUCGAGAAAGCUGUCAACCCGAGAGCCCUGGAUGACAAUCUCGAAAUGACAUCCUUCUGGCCCCAAACGAACGCUACAGAAAGCUGCUCGAGGGUCAAAAGCUCUUCUCAUUUGGCUUUGGAAAAGGCAGCGCAAGUCUGCCUCUCUCGCAAUGGCGCUCUGGCGGAUCAUCCAACUUCAUGGCGCUCGUCGAUGUCGGCUUCUACAUUCGAGCUGUUCUACAAGCGAUUUGGGAGCAAGGAGAUGCAACGUCAAGAGGUGAUACAGGAGCUUUGUUCAACUGAAGCUGCCUUUCUCUGCCACCUCAAUUUGCUGUCGGAUCUUCUCCAGAACACUUUACAGUCGGACGACGGGCAAUGGAGACAGGACUGCCCGCUCAAGCUUUGUAGAUUCUUCUACUGGCUCAAGGAUAUUCGAAAAGUGCAUCGGAAGCUUUCAAAAUCCUUUGCACGAGCACAAAGGGCCCACCCAACACCACUUGUCGUCAACAUUGCCGGUUCUACAUUGCGACAUAUCGAAGGUCUCAAAGCACACCUGCCCUAUAUAGUCGGCCUUAAUGGCGUGAUCUGUGCCAUCGACUCGAUCAUACAUUCAGGCAAGCUGUCGACGGCAGCUGUAACAGAGACGCCAGGCCUUCUGAAAACACAUCAGACCGAGGUCGACGAUCGAUACCCCGAAUCGAAAUCUUUGGCGGCCUCACUACAGAUGCUUGAUCAGUCUCCUAGUCUUGGUGGCUUGCCGCUCUCGAGCCAUCUCCUCAAGCCUGUCCAGAGGCUGAUGAAGUAUCCGCUCUUUUUCAAGCAAGUGGCCGAGCUGACGCCAGUUGGUCACCCAGAUCAUCUGAAGGCAGAUAAAUUAUACACACUCACAGAAGCCCUCAUUCGCGAAUUGAACGAAGUCAAGGCAAAGGAAGAGGACUACUCGGCCCUCAAGCUCUUCGAGGCAAAGGUUGACGGGCUGCCUCAAAAUUUUCGUUUGGCUUUGCGUUCCCGCCACCUCAUUCACGAAGGUCCUUUACUAUUACUGGAUCUUUCAGAAAAAGAGAUUAGCGGUAUGAAGGCCAUGGACGACGAAGAGGUGCCGAGCAACGAAUCUUCAGGCUUGGCUCUUGUGAGCACACCGUCGUACAACUCCAUUCGAGAAUCAAUGAGCUGGAGUGUAGCCGGCGCCUCGCUCUCUCCUCACGUUUUACCACUUGCAUUGUCAGGACACAAAACGCCUAGCGAAGCUACCAGAUCUCCAAGUCAUACCGAAAAGAGCAGGCAUUCAAGCAGAAACUCAAUCGUCGCACCUUCGAGAGCCGAUGUCACUGCCGUCUCAGCGGGAUCAAAGCCGAUGUGCAACUCCACGGGACGCCUGAGUUCGGUUGCGAGCUUGAUGUCUAAGAUGAGCAGUAGCAAUGGAAAAGAUGGCGGCAACAAGAGCAAUGGUUGCAAAUUUAGCAGCAGUGCUAGCAGCGAUAGCAGCAUAAGAAACUCUGUCGACAAUGCGCAUUUGGCGAAGAAAUGCAACUCGGACCUCCUCGGCAAAGCAACACCACGAACGAGCGCAAAAUUCGUCUCAGUUUUUAACGAUCUUGUCAUAUUUACCGACAAUCAUGUCAGCCGUCGGAAGGCAUCGAAGCGCAAAGGCAAGGCGUCCUCACCCAAAUCCGCCAACAAGUACAACGACGACUCGUACGAUCGUUUGCAGCUUUGCACUUCGAAUGGAGGGCCUUUUCGGGUGCUUCAUGUUCGUCGUCAUCGCGAUCAACUCAAAGACUACAAAGACAUCAUCGAAGUCGAACUUCUGCCUCUUGUUGACGGCUACACCAGCCAAUGCCGACGAGCGGUAGCCCUUUUCUUGGCAGCUACCUCAGCGCACGGAUCAGUUGCCGCGCGUGAGACUCCAGUGAAGCGAAAAACCACCAACGUGUCGUCCAUAGGGCCCUGGCUCCGGGCUUUCGAGCUUUCGCAGCUUCAUUCGGCUCACCAGCCAAACGUUCAGGAUCAAAGUCAUCACUCGACCACGCUCUGGUCUUCGGGUCCAUUGACAAUGGCGAUGACCACGGCUCAGGCAGAGUGGGCGCGCAGAGAAGCACGGGUGACAUCUAUGAUCAUGUCGGCGGCACAAAAAGGGGAAAGAGAGGAUCUGACGGGAAUACUUCAGACCAAUAUGCCCUUUCCACGAUCACCGUCCCAACAGGAGCUCGUUGAUAUGGCCGGUGUACUUCUGUGGAGAGCACAAGAGCGAUGUCGGAGCUCGCCAAUGUCGGCCGAUUCGCCUCCUCUACACGGUUGUGACCGAUCAUUUCGAAACAGAGCUUUUGCCACCGUAUCACAAAAUCUUUUCGAUGGGCCCAAAGUCUUGUACAAAGAAGGCGAAGAUAGGCAGUCGGAGGAGAUGGCUUGGUGGAAGUUGCGAAUACACGAGACUCAGAAGGAGGAAGGGGAGAGGAAUGAAUUGCAAGGUAUCCUGAACACGAUUGAGCAAAAGGGUCGGCUUGCUCGACAAACCGCGCAUACUGCUUGAGACUUUCGCUAUCUCACCUCGUAUUGCCUCAUCAGAUUUAAUUGGCUAUCGUCAUUUCGAAACA